GGGGAGGGAGGGAGAGAGGUGAGGGGGAGGGAGGGAGAGAGGUGAGGGGGAGGGAGGGAGAGAGGUGAGGGGAAAGGAGGGAGGGAGAGAGGUGAGGGGAAAGGAGGGAGGGAGAGAUAGGGAUAGAGAGAAGGGGAAGAAGAGAGAGAGGGAUUGAGUGAGAGUAGACAGGAGAGAGAAGGGGAGAGAGAGUGUGUGUGAUUAAGGGGGUGGAGCCAGAUUUCCAGUGACAAAGCGAGAGAGUGUGUACAGGAUAGAAAGAGUAGUGGGAGAGGGAGAUAGUAAUAGAGUGAGUGAGGGGAAAGGAGGGAGAGCUGGAGGUGUUGAGGGCCUUGAGGAAACAACAGUGAGUGGGAUGGAUCAAUAAAUUCCAGGACAAAUGGCUGAGUUUGAGGAGGAUAACCUUCAGAAACAAAUCGAUGAGAUAGAAGCUCUGUCGUCUAUCUAUGAGGAUAAUUGGACCGUUGUCGAUGAGGCUGCAAGAAUAUUUUCUAUCAGGAUUGUUGAUCAACAACCAAAGUGGACUAUUUGCCUCCAGGUGACGCUCCCUCCUGAAUAUCCAACUGCUGCACCACCUGUCUAUCAGUUAAAUGCUCCUUGGCUGAGAGGACAUGAGCGGGCAAAUCUUUCUAAUGACCUUGAAGAAAUCUACCUGCAAAAUUCAGGGGAUUGCGUUCUGUUCCUUUGGGUGCAAAAGAUUCAGGAGUUUCUGCAAGUGAAAUCUUGGUCAGAUGCUGCAGGGAAGGUAACAGAGGAGGCUGAAGUGAAUCAUUGGGGACACCAGUCAUCUUCUCAACAAGUUGAGCUGAAAGGGACCUUUUCCGAAAGCUUGGAUGAUGCAGAACUUCCACCAAUGGCCCAUGGAGAGCCAAUCACAGAUCGUCGGAGUACGUUCCAAGCACACCUUGCUCCCGUGGUGAUGUUGAAACAGGUGAAGCUGCAUCUUCAGAAGCUGUACGAGAACAAGAAGAUUGCCAGUGCUACACACAACAUAUACGCUUACCGGAUAUACUGUGAAGACAAACAGACCUUCCUUCAGGAUUGUGAGGACGAUGGCGAGACUGCAGCUGGGGGCCGGUUGCUCCAUCUCAUGCAGAUUUUGGACGUUCGUAACGUGCUGGUGGUGGUAUCACGGUGGUAUGGAGGGAUUCUGCUGGGACCCGACCGAUUCAAGCAUAUCAAUAAUUGUGCUCGGAACUUACUCAUUGACGAGGGUUACAGCGAAUUGGCGGGGGAAGUGUCAAAGGCACCGAUAAAGAGCAAAAAGCUAAAGAACAAGAAAGGAAAAUAAACAGAGGGUGCAACAUCGAUAUUUUAUAAUUACUGGGUAUGAGCGAGGUCAACCAAUGGAAAUGUGUCCAGCACUGCCCAGCUGAAACCAAAAUGAAAUACAAGAAAAUAAGCUUGCUGAAUCCACUCGCUCCCUCAGUACUGAUGUACUUCAGAAAACCAGCCCAAAUUUUUUGCCUGCGGCCACUUGCAUUUCUUUCUGCCUGUUGCUACAAUCAAGUGGGCACCACUGGUCGAUGAUCCCCGGGGAAUCAUUCAAAUCUAAACCCCUCGAUUCCCGGAGCAGGCAUCCACAUAUCCGCGAGCAUUGUCCUUUAAGUGAGAUGCUGUGAAUUUCACGCAGUGCUUUUCAUUCCAAGUGCACUGUUCCGUUAGAUCACGAUAUCGGAAUGUCAUGGCGAGGAAGAGUGGGUGGACAUUCAGCCCAUCAAGUCUGUGCCAGCUCUUUGAAACUCUUCAAUUAGUCCCACUUGCCUGUUCUUUUCCCACAGCUUUGCCAUUUUUCAGGAAUUACGAACUCCCUUAUGAAGCUGUUUCCUUUGCCCUUCCAGGUAACUGGUCCUCAUCUCCCUCCUGUCCAAUUGCCUUCUUUUGAUGUUACCUGGUUAUCAACUGUUCUCCCGCCAGGGAAUCUCUCCUUAUUUCAUCUGUAAAACAUGCUCUUAAAUGUACUGGUGUAGAGAUUGGGCACUGCAAGUUCCCACAGGCAACAACUUACUGCUGACAAGGUAAUCUGUUGAGCGAUGCAUAUUGACAAUGGGACAUCAUGGAGAAUGCCCCUGUGUUUGAAAUUAUUCCAUAGGAUUACAAAAGGCAAGAUUCUCCAAAUGCUGGAAAUACUCAGCAGGUCAGGCAGCAUCUGCGGAGAGAGAGGCACACACAGUCCAGACAAAGGGUCUUGACUCGAAACAUCGACUGUCUAUUCACCCCCCCCCCCCCCAACUGCCUGACCCGCUGAGAUCCCCCAGCAGCUCGUUUAUUGCUCCAGAUUCCAGCAUCUCUUGCGUCUCCGAGUCAACAUUUGUGGUCGAUGAAGGGUGUUAAAGUCUGAACUGUGGACAGCACAGGGCUAGUGGCCCAAAUGGCCUCCUGUUCUGUAAGAUUCUGCUGUGUUUCUCUAGUUAGAAACUUGUGAUUAAUUAAAUCCACAAUUUGUUUUGGUGAAAUACAUCUAGGGGAGUUUGAGGCUGGAGAACUAUACACCCAGAGGUAAUGAACAGUGUGUGCUUGCUUUCUCGUGAUGCUGCUUUAUUGACUUAAGCUCAAAUAACUCACCCGGGCGUGAGCAGCUUCCACUGAGAAUUGGUGAAUGGAGUCAAAUGCAACUCAGCGUCUGGCUUCCAGAACCGAGCCCAUUGGGACCCGAAUGUACGGGUUGGCUCAAAUCUGUCCACAGGUGAAAUAUUCAUGUUCAGUUCAAGCCAACCUGGCUCAGUACUUUAUCCAGGUCACAAUGAUGUUCUUAGUGUUACUGCACAUGUAUUCAUACAGCAAGGAAACAGGCCCUUCGGCCCACUGAAUCCACACUGACUAUCAGCACUAAUCCCAUUUUAUUCUCCCCACGUUCCCACCAAUUCCCGCAGGUUUCUACCACUCACCUACACACCCAGGGACAACUCACAGCCACCAUUUAAUCCACCAACCUGCAUACUUUUGGGAUGUGGGAGGAAAAUGGAGUGUUUACAGGGAGAAUGUGAAAACUCCACAGAGAGAGUGCCGGAGAUCAGGAUUGAACCCAGGACACUGGAGCUGUGAUGCAGCUGUGCCAUUGUGCUGCCCAUGCCAUCUGUUCUUGAUCAAUACCUGGCCCUGAUCAAUAUGUUUCUGGAAUCUUUAGGUUGGAUAGAGCAAGAAAGAUCUGCGGUUGGGUUGGGAAUAGCUGUGAUCACGGUGGGUUUUAAUUUUUAACUUUUUUGUUGAAGCCCCCAACUUUACAAAGUGCUCAUUAAUCUUGGGAUGAGGCAGCAAAUAUUUUGGCGACUUAAACAAAUUGCUCAGUCCCAGUGCUAAACCCUUAAACUGACCUGAUGUGACUUUGCUUUAAUUAGAAAUGGGAGCAGAGAGCAAAUUAUUAAUAGUUAAUUGGUAUAUUUUCACACUAAACUUGUUCAUGUUCUGAAUAAAACAUUAAAAUUGAUUCCACUCUG